UCAUUAUAACAAAUGCAAUCCUUCUGUUGGUAGUCUUAAAAGGAGUAAGACUGUUCCGCGAAGGGAAUAGACCGAUUGAAAUAAUACGUACAGUACACUUUUUUUUAUCAGGCUCAACUUUAAUCGGACAUCGUUCACCAUAGAAACAGAUUGUGAUUUUUCUAUAGCAAUUAUUAUUUCUUUAUAUGUUCAUAUAUGAUAUUGACGAUAUUAUAUUAUAUUAUAUCUACAUUUUAUAAGGAUAUACGCAAGUAUAUUUCAAAACAUUCAACAAUGUCUACUAUUGAACAAUUUAAAGAGUGUGCAAAAAUGCAAACUGCUAAAGAACUUUAUGUUGGAAAACAAUAUAAAGAAGCAUUAAAAGAAUAUAGUGAACUUAUUGAAUUAUAUCCAAAUAAACCAUUGCAUUAUGCAAAUAGAGCUGCAUGUUAUAUGAUGCUUGAUAAAUAUCCUUAUGCUUUGGAUGAUGCAAAAAAAUGUAUUGAAUUGGAUGAAAAACUAUACAAAGCAUAUGUAAGAAUUAUAAAAUGUUGUCUGAUUUUGGGAGAUAUUAUUCAAGCUGAAACUACUUUAUCUAAGUUAUUAGAAAUUGAUCCUGAAAAUAAAGGAAUUACCACAGAAAAAAAAGACUUAGAAUAUGUGAAAAAGUUUCUUAAAGAUGCUGAUAUUGCAUAUGCUGCUAAGGAUUAUCGUAAGGUUGUAUAUUGUAUGGAUCGUUGUUGUGAUGUGAGUACUCGUUGUACAAGUUUUAAAUUAAUCAAAGCAGAAUGUUUAGUAUUUUUGGGAAGGUACCAAGAAGCACAAGAGAUAGCAAAUGAUAUUUUGCAUGUUGAUAAACAAAAUGCAGAUGCUAUAUAUGUUCGUGCUAUGUGUCUAUAUUUCCAAGAUAAUAUUGAUAAAGCUUUUACACAUUUUCAACAAGUACUUAGAUUGGCUCCAGAUCAUGCUAAAGCAUUAGAAAUAUAUAAACGAGCUAAAAAUUUAAAAAAGAAAAAAGAAGAAGGAAAUGCUGCUUAUGAAAAAGAACAAUAUCAAAAAGCAUAUAAAUUAUAUACUGAAGCCUUGACUAUAGAUCCUCAAAAUAUUGUAACAAAUGCAAAACUUCAUUUUAAUAAAGCAACAGUGGCAGCAAAGUUAUCUCGAUUAAAUGAGUCAAUAAUAGAAUGCACAGAAGCAUUGAAAUUAGAUAAAAAUUAUCUUAAAGCUCUCAAGAGAAGAGCAGCUUCUUAUAUGGAAUUGAAAGAAUAUGAAAAAGCUGUUCAUGAUCUUGAGAAAGCCUGUAAAAUGGAUAAAAGUUGGGAUAACAAACGAUUGUUAAUGGAAGCCAAAAUGGCAUUAAAAAAAUCAAAAAGAAAAGAUUAUUAUGAGAUUUUAGGAAUAGAUAAAAAUGCAUCUACUGAUGAUAUUAAAAAAGCAUAUAGGAAACGUGCAAUGGUACAUCAUCCUGAUCGACAUCCUAAUGCAACGGAAGGAGAAAAAAAAGAACAAGAAAAAAAAUUUAAAGAAGUCGGAGAAGCCUAUGGAAUUCUUUCUGAUCCUAAAAAACGAUCGCGCUAUGAUAGUGGACAUGAUAUUGAUGAUACUGAUGGGGGAUAUCAAGAUGUUGAUCCAAAUGUAGUAUUUCAAACAUUCUUUAGUCAACAUGAUGGUUAUCAAUUCCGCACGGAUGGUUUUACUUUUCAUUUUGGUUAACAGCAUUCCAAAAAUAUUUCUUUUUCUUCUACUAACUUAAUCUCUUAAAAAAAUCGUUUUACUUUAGAGAUGAAUAUAUUGGAUUUGUUUAUAAUGGCAGACAUAUACAUUAAAAACAUUUUCUAUUAAUUAGAUAAAUUCUAUUGAUCGUUAUAUCAUAUAGAAAGGAUAAAAAACAUAAAUUAAUUAAAAAAAAUUAAUU